GAAGAUUUUCAAUGGAUAAUGAAAUUAUCAUUAUGUUGGCAUAUCAAUUUUGCGCAAUUCAAUCGAACAUCGAAUUCACAUUUUCGCAUAAAUUUUAUCGAAACGGUUUAUCAAAUGCAAAAUAAUGCUUCAGUUCAUUAUAUUCCUUUGUGUAAAGUAUUAUCUAAAAAAUAUACGAAUAAUUAUUUAAAUAAAAUUAUUCGAAAAAUUCCCGAAAUUAUAAAUUUUCACGAAUCAAUAAAUAUUUCAAUCGAAAAUGGUUUAUAUUUGUGUUAUAUGAAACUAUUUUCCGAUGUAAAAUCAAUUCAUAUUAUUGUUCCAGAAAAUUUGCCUUCCAUGCUACCUUUUAUAUUAAUAAGAGAUAAUUCACAUAUCACUAAAGACGAAUGGGAGUGGAUUCGUUUAUUAGAAAAGGACGACGAGAAUAACAUGAAACCAACACGAAAUCAAUUGGCCUUUCAUAAAUUAUUAGUAAAUUCGAUAAAUAAAUUAGCUAAACAAUAUGAAAUUAAUAAUAUUUGGGAUAAUCGAUUGUAUAGAUUACAAAUUUUUUAUAUUAAAACUAAUAUUUCUUUCAUAUUGGUUUUUCAUUUAUGUACAUAUAAUAUGGAUUUUAUAAAAAAAUAUUGCGAAAUUUCUCUAUUUAUUGAAUAUUUACUAAUGGUUUGUUUAUUUUUUCACUACGUACACGUAUAUUCUCGGAUUUCAUUUUGA